AUGCCUUUAUAUGCUAAAUUUCUCAAAAAAAUUUUGUCAAGUAAAAGAAAAUUGGAAGAAGUUUCAGCGGUUAAGCUUACAGAAAAAUGUAGUGCUAUACUUCAAAAUAAGCUCCCACAUAAACUUGGUGGUCCGGGAAGUUUUACAAUUCCUUGUAUUGUGGGAGGUACUCACUUUGAAAAGGCGUUAUGUGAUUCAGGUGCUUCAAUAGAUCUAAUGCCUUUUUCAAUUUUGCGAAAAUUAGAACUUGGUGAAAUGAAAGAUACUGGUGUGUCUUUUCAAUUAGCUGAUCAAAGAAGAGCAAUUAUUGAUGUUCAUCAAGGACAAUUAAUAUUGCGAGUUGAUGAGGAAAGAGUAAUUUUUGACAUGCAGAAAAUGAUUAAAUUUCCUGGGGAUGAGUCAUCAUCAUCUUGUUUUCAAAUUGACUUACUAAAUGACCUUGUAGAUGAAUACAAAGAUAAUCAGUUAAUUAUUGAUUCAUUAGAGAGAUAUUUCGCUAGGUCAGGUACCAUAAGUGAUGACAACCCCAUAAUUAGAGAAAAAACUGAAAUGCUGGAAAAAGAGUCAAAAAAUGAGAAAGUCUCACAAGAAGGAGUUCAAUUAAAAAUUAAACUCAAAGAUCUUUCUUCUCAUUUAAAAUAUGUGUUUCUUGAACUUGAAUCAUUUCCAGUAAUCAUUUCAUCUUCUUUGACUAUAGAACAUGAAAGCAAACUGAUUGGAGUCGUGAGAAAACACAAAAGAGCCUUAGAGUGGACUAUAGCCGACAUCAAAGGAAUCCGUCUAGCUAUUUGUAAGCACAUGAUUCUUAUGGAGAAUGAUUAUAAGCCAAUAGUCCAACCCCAAAGGAGACUGAAUCCAGCAAUGCAGGAAGUUAUCAAGAAAGAAAUGGUGAAACUAGCAGCAAGUAUCAUUUAUCUAAUAUCUGACAGUCCUUGGAUACCAAUUACUCUAGAAGAUCAGGAGAAAACAACACUCGAUACAUAUGCUUAUCGAAGAAUGCCAUUUGGACUAUGCAAUGCUCCUGCUAUAUUUCAGCGUUGCAUGAAAGCAUUUGAGAUUCUCAAGAAAGAAUUGACUAAUGCUCCAAUUGUUGUUUCUCCUGACUGGAGACAACCCUUUGAAAUAAUGUGUGAUGCAAGUGUUACAGUAGUAGGAGCGAUAUUGGGACAAAAGAGAGACAAGAUCAUCAGACCUAUCUACUACGCCAGUAGAACACUUAAUGAAGCUCAAAAGAAUUAUGCUACAACUGAGAAGGAACUACUAGCAGUAGAAUUUGGGUUUGACAAAUUUCGUUCCUAUUUGAUAGGAACAAAGGUUAUAAUUUAUACUGAUCACGAAGCUUUAAAGUUCCUCUUAGCAAAGAAAGAUGCUAGACCUAGAUUACUAAGAUGGAUACUCUUUUUGUAA